AUGCGCCCAAACCCGCUCACCGUGUGGCAAUUAAUCUCUCUUUUCCCGGCUCUCCUCCUGCUCAAAGCUGUUGGGUCAAGGGCGUCUGAAGCUGAGGCAAAAUGUGGCAAGGACGUUAUCAGCCGCGACAACCAGAAAUACAGCUGCAAGUGCUAUCCAGGAGACGCCUGCUAUCCUUCGGCAAAAAAGUGGCAGAAAUUCAACUCCACAGUCGACGGAAAUCUUUCUGUUGCAUUCCCCCCUGCAGCACCCUGCUAUCCUUCCGUGGCCGGCACCCCCACUUUCGACGCCGCAAAAUGCGCGGAGGUUCAGGCGAACUUCUUCGGUCAACAAUGGACCACCGACCAGCCUAUUGCCAAUAUGUGGACCUACUGGACGAACGAGACGUGCUUGCCCUUCCCCACCGAGAACGUCCAAACCUGCAGUAGAGGCUUUUACGGCGACUAUGUUAUUACGGCCAAAACGAAGAAACACAUCAAAGCAGGCAUCGACUUUGCUCGGGAGAACAACCUUCGUCUCGUCAUCCGCAACACUGGUCAUGACUUCCUGGGACGCUCUACUGGCUUCGGAUCCUUGAUCCUCAACACCCACAGCUUCAAGGAUGUCACAUUCACAAAGAGGUUUACCGGACCAGGCAAUUACCGCGGUGGCGCAGUCACUGUUGGGGCUGGGAUGCAGCUUCGCGACCUUUACUGGCUGGCAAAUGCGCAAAGCCCUCCGGUCGUGGUUGUGGGAGGAGAAUGCCCCACCGUUGGAAUUGCUGGCGGUUAUAUUCAAGGAGGUGGACACGGCCCUAUGUCGUCAUUCUACGGAAUGGCUGCCGAUCAAGCCCUGUCAUUCGAAGUUGUUACCGCAAGUGGGAAAUACGUCACAGCAAAUGCAGUAGAGAACCGAGAUCUCUUCUGGGCUCUCAAGGGCGGCGGACCGAGUACCUUUGCUGCCAUCAUUUCCGUCACCGUGAAGACAUUCCCCGAAGUGCCAGCUGCUGGUAUCAUCUUGAACAUCAACUCCACCCACACAAAUGACACUGAGCUCUUCUGGAAGGGUGUGGCCGCAGUCCAUGACCUUUCAAACCACUGGGUUGACCAUGGCAUCUUCAUCUACCACGAAAUAGCGACUCUCCGCCUCCAUGUGCAGCCCAUUGUCGGCCCGAACAUGACCGCAGCGCAAAUCAAUGCGAUUGCAAAGCCCAUGUUUGACGCUUUGGAUAGCCAGGGAGUGCCGUAUUCCAGUGUGACGAAGGAAUUCCCAACCUUCUUCGAUCUGUACAUCGACAUGUUCGAGGACGAGGGUGCCGGUUCGAGCGCCUUGGUUGGAGGGCGCAUCUUCGUUCGGCAAGACAUCGAAGAGAACGCCAGCGGCAUCAUUGAGGCGUACAAGACAGCGACGGCUAACAAUGCCUUUAUCAUUGGACACGUCGUUGGUCCUGGUCAUGGCGCACCUAUUGUUGACAAUGCUAUCCAUCCUGUCUGGCGCAACGCGUCGAGCUUCAGCAUCACGUCGAUCAGCAUCCCAGGCAACGCACCAUUGACCGAGAAGGCGAGGGUGCAGAACCUCAUCACCAAUGUUGUUGGAGAGGCCUUCAGAGAAGCUGGCCCCCACGGCGGUGCAUACGUUAACGAGGGAGACCUUGAGGAGCCCAAUUGGCAGCAGGAGUACUGGGGCUCAAACUACCCGAGGCUCUAUAGGCUUAAACAAGUCUGGGAUCCUCAAGGUGUCUUCUACGCUCGAACUACACCAGGCACAGAAGAUUGGGAGGUGAUCGACUUCGGUACAAAGUUGUGCAAGAAAUGCCAAAGAAACUGA